GACCACAGACUGUGAUAAUUAGCAUACUACUACUUCUUUACUUUAGUUACUUUGUUGCUCAGAAGUGUUUAGUUAGAUAUAGUUUAAAUAUAUUUUGUUGUUUGAGUUACUUUUAACACAAAUAUUACCACAUUUAUAAUGUCAGUAACUGUGUGAAUACUUGUAUCAGAUUUAUUUACAGUUUUCCAGCGUGUUUACCGAGUUUUACGAAGAUUUACUGAGACAGACUUCUAAAUCAACCAUGGCUGUAGCCCAAUUGUGUUUUGUGAUAGCCAUGAUGACUGGGAGUGCGUUAGCAAGGAAUGGGUACGGGACAGAAGGAGGCAACUGCCUUAAACUGUCCGCGAUGAGUAAGGGCCUGACCGACUAUUUUUGCGACCAGCCCUUAUUUAUUAAUUUCAUUCAGAAGAACGAACUCACCGAGAUGUUAGACAAUAUUUGUGUCACUGUUUUCCCUCUACCUGAUGAUCCGAACACGUUCACUCUUUAUCUAUCCAGGACAUACUGUGAUGGCUCCAAUGAAGUUAUUACAUUUGUUGGAACUGACAUGGAGCAAGGGGUUUUCAGACUAGCAAAACCUGAUGUUACCUACUCGUACACAUUGUUUGGAUAUGCUGGGUGUAAUACAGACUUACUCUACCGUUGCAGAGAGUUUGGAAUGAGUGACGCUGAUGAUCCUUACAUUUUUGGAUUUUCCACGGAGUGCCGCCCCAUCGGAUUGUCAUGCCUUAGAAAAAUCGAAGAGAUAGUAGCAGAUAACGACAUCCCGGAUGUAGACUUCUAUGUUCUACCCAACAAACUGCCAAACCGCUGUGUUACUGCUAGGCAGUGUGUCAUUCCGUCCAGCAACAACCAAUUUUAUAAGACUGUAGGUUUACCUGGACCGGUAUCCUAUCUAGUAUGACCUAUCUAGUAGUUUUUAAGCUAAAUUUAGUUGUGUACAAUAUAUUUCCUUUAAAUCAUGUGUAUUUUGUUACAAAUAACACUAUGAUCACUAAAUAUAAAAGGAAAUAAAAAUUGUA